CGGGGAGGCGCGCCGGAGCGGGUCGCCGGGCAGCGACGCCUCGCCCGCGGGGCGGCCCGUGGCCGAGACGCCGAGCAUCCAGGAGCUGGAGACGCCGCUGGCCCGUGACUACUCGCCCACGCGGCCAGCGGCCAGGCUCAAGAGGUUCAUGUCCCAGGGGCCGUCUCUGGCGCCGGACGGUGCGACCGCGGGCUACCCGCCAGCGCCACCGCCGACCAAAGACUUCCUCCUGGGCGACCCAGGCAAGUGGAAGUUCCAGGUGCGGAUGGGCCACCAGAUCGCCUGCGGCGGCACACAUCGCGCGCCCGUGCUGGCGGAGUCUAUCCAGGCGGCCGUGGAGAUGAUGAGGACCGCGCCCUACAAGUACUUCGGCUGCGUCUACCCCCAGGAGGGGUACUCGUUCGCCCCCCGCUUGUACCUGCGAAGCUCCGGCGCGCGCUACAUCGUGACAUCCGUCGGCGUGGCGCAGCCCGAGGCCUACCGCGUCAUCACGCCAGAGUAUGUCCCGCUGUCCGAGGAAGUGCGGGUGGAUCCAGACGAGCACACAGACGGGAUCCUGGCGACAUACAGGGGCAGCACCUUGUCGCCGAGGUGCCCAGGCCGGAGGCAGGGCGUGUGCGACGCGCCCGGGUGCGUGGUCUACUCGCUCCCAGACCCAAGCGACAUCUCGCAGGGACUCGUGGGCGAUCGGUGGCUGCUGUCCGCCAUCUCUGCGCUGGCGGAGUUCGACGGCGCGAUCAGGAGGCUGUUCGCGAAGACGGACGAUCUGCUGCAGCUUCCCUGCGAUGAGUUCAACAGGUACACAGUGACGUUGUACGACCUCAGGACCUGGAAUGCGGUGGAGGUCGUCGUGGACGAGCGCUUGCUCUGGGACGAUGAGUACGGCUGCCUCUUCGGGUGUAGUCCCACGCCUGCUGGCGAACUGUGGCCGUGCGUGCUGGAGAAGGCCAUCGCGGCGCACUGUGGCGGCUGGGACAAGAUCGAUGGUGGAUCCUGCGUGCACGCGUGGCGCAUCCUGACAGGGUGUAGGGACGCGUGCCAGAUACUCCUGGAUAGGGACGGGCUGUACCGCUGCUACGGCAAGUACAAGGCCGACGAGGGCCGCUGGGCGGAGCUGGAGAACUCGCCGCAUGACGGGGACCAGCAGCUGCACAAAGCUGGCUGGCCAGAGGUCGGGGGCGGCGGCGAUGUAGGCCAGGGCAUAAGUGCCGAUGCCCUCUUCGCAAAGCUGUGCGCGUGGGUGGAGGCAGGCUUCCUCUUCAGCUGCCAGAGCCAUCGCUCGGCAUCGAGGGCGGCCAGUGGCGUCAUGGACACCCACGCGUAUUCGGUGAUUGGCGUCAUCCAGGGCGCAGGCGGUUCGCAUUUCGACAUGAUCAAGGUCCGCCACCCAGACGGCUCUGGCGACCUCCCCUGCGGCAUCUGGUCUGUCAACCACGACGGCUUUGGGUGGGAAGAGCACCCAGAGGUCCAUGAAGCUUGCGGCUGCCCAGAAGCUGGGGGCAAUGUCGCUUGGAUGCAGAGGGAGGACUUUUUCGAUGCGUUCUACGCUUUCAACCUGGCUCCAAUUUCCAUGCACGACUUCGCGCGCGGCUGGGAGCGUGGUAGUACGCAGCAGCAGUCGCAGAGAGGCAUCGGCAAGGCCGCCCGGGUCCCCGCGGCCCCCUUUCCCCGUGUCAGUGAGCGCAGUGAGCGCAGCAGCGUGCACCAGCAGUCGCGGAGAGGCAGCGUGGAGGUCGCCCCGGUCCCCUCGACCCGCUCCGCGGCCGGCUCGGAGCGCGGCAGCGUGCAGCAGCAGCAGUCGCGGAGAAGCAGCGUGGAGGCCGCCCCGGUCCCCUCGACCCGCUCCGCGGCCGGCUCGCAGCAGUCACGGAGAGGCAGCGUGGAGGCCGGCCCUGCCCCCUCGACCCGCUCCGCGGCCGGCUCGGAGCGCGGCAGCGCGCAGCAGCGGCCGUGGAGAGGCAGCGAGGAGGCCGCCCCGGUGCCGCCGACCCGCACAGAUGGCUCGGAGCGUGGCAGCGUGCAGCAGCAGUCGCUGAGAGGCAACGUGGAUUCUGCCCCGCUGCCCCCCGCCCCAGUCCCUCCGACCCGCUCCACGGACGUCUCGGAGCGCGGCAGCGUGCAGCAGCAGUCGCGGAGAGACAGCGCGGGUUCUGCCACGGUGCCCCCCGCCCACUCCGUGGGUGGCUCGGAGCGGCCGUGGAGAGGCAGCGAGGAGGCCGCCCCGGUCCCCCCGCCCCGCCCUGCGAGCGGCUUGCAGCGCGGUAGCGUGCAGCAGCAGCAGCAGUCGCGAAGAGGGAGCUUGGAGGCCGGUCCAGUCCCCUCGACCCGCUCCGGGGGUGGCUCCGAGCACGGCAGCGUGCAGCAACAGCAGUCGCGGAGAGGCAGCGUGGAGGCCGCCCGGGUCCCCUCGACCCGCUCUGCGGGUGGCUCUGAGCGCGGCAAGUUGCGGCAGCAGCAGUCGUGGAGAAGCAGCGCGGAGGAGGCCUAAGGCCCAGGACACCUCGCUGAGUGCCAGGCUGUCUGGCCAGUGUCUCCCACGGGCGCGGCUGUCGUGUCUCGCAGGACAUGCAAACUUGGCAUGCACCCGCGUGGCUCCCGCGCCCCCCCGCCUGGCGGAGAAAGGGGC